AUGGGGGGUUACAUGUGGAUUGAGAGCAGUGGGCAGCGGUUGGGGGCGACGGUGACGUUUGUUGUGCGGUUGGUGCUGGAUCGAACCAAGAGGCAGAAUUUGGGGUUCAGGGAGAGGGGGGGGCGGGUUUCUAGCAGCAGAGCGAGGAGGAGAGGUAGAAGGGCAGGGCUUGAUGGGGUUGGUGGGGGAGAGGAGAGGAGCAAUGGGUUGCUGUGGAAUAGCGGGUUUGAUGGUGCUGGUGAUGGUGUGGAUGGGGAGGAGGACAGGGGAAGGGGGACGAGGAAGGGCGGUGAAGAGUAUUCGUUUAUGGAUGGGGAUGGUGAUGAGGAGGAUGAUGAGGAGGAUGAGGAGGAUGAUGAGGAUGAUGAUGAGGAUUCGGCAUUUAGUGACAGCACUGUUUCGUCGAUGAAUUCUUAUGUACAGGAGCUUGAAGGAGUACAUGUGCUGCUAGUCGAGGACAAUGUGGCGAAUCGCAUCGCGACACAUCAGAUGCUGCUGACGCUGCGGUGCCACGUCAGCAGCGUGGGCAGUGCGCAGGAGUGCCAGAUGGAGCUGACCACGCGCAAGAGCCCUACAGUCCCGCCAGUGGAUGUCGUGCUGCUGGAUGUCUGCAUGCCCGAUGUUGAUGGAUUCGAAGUCGCCCGUCGCAUCCACUGCCUCUUCCGUCCCGACGAGCGGCCUUUGAUAGUGGGUCUCACUGCACGCACAGACAGUGGCAUGGCAGAGGCAUGUGUAGCAGCUGGCAUGGAUGCUGUAUUGCUCAAGCCAGUCACAGUCAGACAGCUGGGAGCUACUCUGUGCCACGUGCUCAAUGGCGUGUAA